UACAAAUUAACUUUAUCUUAGUCCCUUUCUUUUCCUUCUUGUGGGAAUAUAUACCAAAUUUACAGUCAAUUUAAUUCUCUGGCUGCACAAACAAUGGACAGCGAUGGUUUACCGAUUGUGGGACCUAAUGUGGAUUUUACUAAGGUUGGGCCGAUUAACCACAAGAGAACCCUAGCAUUCCUCAAUCAUUUUAUCACUCAUUCCGUCAGAUUUUUGAAUAGAUUUUCAUGUGUUUGUGAAGAGAAAUUAGCUGACUUGUCCAACAAAAUCCAAAGAAUUGAAAUAAUGAUGAGCAUUCUAGAAGCUAAGUUGGCAUCAAUCCCAGGGCUGGAAGAUGUGACAGUAUCAAUGCCUGCACCAAGUGGGGCAGCUGCUGCACCAGCUGCAGGAUCAGCUCCACCUCCAGCUUCUGAUGCACCACAACCAGCUGUGGAGGCACAGGGACCUCCUGCACCUCCUGCAGAAGAGCCAGAGCCUGAGAAACCAACUAUGACUGUUUCCAAAGAUCCAAGAUAUGCCAAGUACUUUCAGAUGAUUAAAGUUGGAGUUCCAUUAAUGGCAAUUGCACCCAAGAUGAAGGCAGAAGGCCUGGAUCCAAGUUAUCUUGAGAACCCUGAUGCCCCAGCACCAGAGGGUGCCCCUCCACCCCCUGGACAAAGUGACUCUGAUGAAGACAUGUCAUCAACAUCGUCAUUUAGUGAUGAAGAUUGAAUCGCCAAUGUACCAUGGAUGAAAACAUUACUCUUUUUAAUAUGCCAUUUCUGUAAAUCUGAAACAAGUCUUCAUACUUUACAACGAAAUAUCCUUUAUUGGUCAAUUUUGGGGUCUCUCUUAGAACUUGUAGAAAACAGAGAAUUAAGAGACAUAGGUUACAUGACAAUAGUCUUCAUGAACAACAACAGUGAAGUUGAAUUAUGGUAACAAAUCAAAACACAGGUGUCCUCCCACCUAAUCAAAUAGAAAUUAUAUUAAUCAAUUUUUUUUUGAUUUGUUACAGUUUUUCUGGCUCUUGCCGCAGGUUAAGUGUUUUUGCUUACACUUCUGAGGAGAUGAUUCUGUGUAUGGAUAAAAUGGGUUGUGAAUUUAUUACUGCUGUUGUAACUUGGGUAUGGGCAGCUGUCUUUACAUAUGCCAAUGUUUCAUAGAAAUUGCCCGGUGCUUGAAAAAUUGUCACUCGACAGUUAGAAAUACCCUAUGCAUCCAUGAAAGACGGAAAUCUCAAUCACUUCCUUGGUAGCUAUAACUAUAAAGGAAAUGUGCAUUUAACAAAACGGUUCCAUUUUUUACGAUAAGAAAUUGAAUCAACUUUAUGAAUAGAAGAAUAUAUUUGUAAAUAAGUAUCCUUACGUUUGUUUGAAAAUUUGUACGUUAAA